AUUUUAAUCAAUUCAAUCAACAAAACAAUAAUCAAGAUGAACAAAUUAUUAAAAAGCGUAAUUAUAAUAUUGAUUUUUUAUUAAUCCAUUUACGAGAUACUCUUCAUAGUUUACGUGAUGAUGAAACUUGGUUUCAAGAAAUUAUACGAAGAAUUAGAGACUUGCUUAAGACUGCAUUGAAUAUUACACCAGGAAUUCUGACAAUAGCAGGAGUCAAUCUUCCAAAUGAUUGUUCAAUCUUAUCAAUACUUACUCAAAUACGUCAAAGUUUAAGUUUUAAAUAUCCUGUAGCAUCUUAUUAUGUAGAUUGAGAAUUAUGUUAAUAAUUCAACAUAAUCUUUUCAUUUGGUCUGGAAGUUCUGAAAAGAUUAUAAGUAAAAAAUUUGGAGAAUUGGUAUUAAUGGAAUAUAUUUGGAGCUUUUUGGAAAGAGAAUGGGUUGAUGCUGCGGACAAAUCUAUUUUAGAUUCUCAAACAAAAUUUGAUGAAGUAUCAAAUAAAGUCGCUAAAGCUUUAAAAAAUACUGGAGGUUUUUUAAAUGAACUUGCUGGAAAUGAACCUAUAGCACUACCACAUACUUUAUGGUUUGGAAUAUUAGAUCUUGCCCAAAAUCUUAUCCAAAGAUCAUCUCUAAUAGCAACAUAUGGUCUUUGUUAUUAUUUAGCAAUUGAAUCACUUAAUAGAGCACCAAGCAGUUUUAUCCAAUUUAAAUCUAUUGAAUUAUUAUUACAUUUAUAUAAUAUUGAUAAUAAAGUGUUUUCAAUGAUUGAAAUUGAUUUUGAUCAAUACACGCAAAAAUUAAGUGAAAAUAAUUUGGAAGAUUCUUUAGAAAAAUUUCGAAAUUUAUUAACUUUUGUUAAAGAGAAAUACCUUGAAGAUUUAAAAAUUCUAAGUAAUAAUACUGGAAAAGGAAAAGAAGGAAAAGGAAAAAACUUAAAUCAAAAUUCAUAUUUAAAGAAAGAACAAAUAUCAAAUUCUAACAUUUUAGAUGUUAUAGCAGAUGAAAUUACUUGUCCAAUUAGUAGUGAACCAACAGAUCAAUUAUGUAUUUUAAAAUGCCAACAUAUGUUAGCAUUAAGCAAUUUAAAAAAAUUAAAGCAAAAAAUAUGUCCUAAUUGUCGAGAAAAAAUUGAAGAUAAUGAUAUUAGAUAUUUACCACAAAAUUCAAUUUAUAAAAAUUUAUAUACAAAAUUUUUGAAUCUGGACAUAUUUUACCUUCAAUUGAAUUAGAAAAUUCCGAUCAAUCAUAUGAUAGUGAUGAUUCAGAUAAUUCGGAAGUUGAACUCAUAUUAACUAAAAAAAAGAAAUUUAUGAAUUCAAUUAUUAAAUUAAAUUC